GUAGCAAAAGGGAGACACUUUUCCUUGUACUAUGACAUGACAUUUUCGACCAGGGCCUUACUUGCACAGUGGCAGCCGAGGACAUGCCUAUUCACUGCUCAAAAGAUUUCUUUGUAAAGCGUUUCAGCGGCGCUCUGGUGCUGCUUGUCGCGGCAUGGGCAGUCAAGUGCGCUGUACCUGCAGAGGCUACACUCGCAACCACAAAAAAAGUUGUUAUGAACGUCCAGGACCUCCUAGCUAUUCAGGGCAUGCUUCCGGAAGGCGUCGUAGCUGUGUCUUGGGAUUUUGUGUACGGCAGGGCAGCACCCUCGCCGCUCCCAGCAGGCGUGUCAUCCCUUCUUUUGCACGGCUGGGGAGAACUUGCUCCGGAUCGAGCAAUGUCCAGUAAAGACAACUACUGGAACCCUGGUUAUGAACAAGCGUCACCAUUGGCAGGCGGUGGACUUCUUCUCGGCAGGCACCUUGGCAGCGCUAGCCGUGAGCAGGGGCGCCAGCCUGCCAUGCAGCUGGAGACGGCAGACGUCAUAGUGCCCGAUAAUCCUACAUUUCCUCCUCAUCGACCCCGGCAGCCACCACUGCCCAGUCCUAGCCCUUGCGCCAUGGAGCCCCCGGGAGCACCCCCCUAUGGACAGUACCCGGGAGCAUCCCCCUAUGGACAGUACCCGGGAGCAUCCCCCUAUGGACAGUACCCGGGAGCAUCCCCCUAUGGACAGUACCCGGGAACAUCCCCCUAUGGGCAGCCCCCGGAAGCACCGCCCUAUGGGCAGCCACCACCUUACACGUUACUGAACUGCGAGUACCUGUACCCAUUCUACGAGGUCGAAAUAAUUCCAGUCGUGCUUCUGCAAAGCGGCCAACUACUGACGUUGUCUUCUCUAGCAAUCGACCUGGCUACCUAUAAGGAGCCCUUCGGACCGCCCGAUGCCAUAGACCUUUCCAGGCUGUCUCCUUCUGCCCUCUUUCGAGUGCCGGAAGGGGCCAUCUUGACAUUCCAAAACGUUACCAUGCUGCUCUCUCCGGACUACCUCAAAUUGCUGUUCAUCCAAAUGGGCCGUACGACAGAUGCAUGGCCAUACAAUACGGAAGUAACAGUUGCCAACGGUGUCGUACAACUACAUAACUUCACUACGCGGGCGCGAGCAGCGCUCGGAGGCGAUGAUCCGGAGCUUGGAGGCGGGGAGGUGCGCUGGCUGUACGUGACGCUGACGUGUCCGGGUUCCAGCUUGCCUAGCCCGGCAGUCGCAGCCGCCGUAGUAACAGAGGCCUCGCAGCUCGAUUCAGCAGGCCUGGCUGCAGCGGCGGGCAACAUGACUACGGGCACACUGUUUCUGUCAGUGGCAGCUGACUUGGCACUGCCUGGGAAUGGAAGCUGGCAGCCGGCGCGCCUGCCCCACGACGGCGUGCUUGUAGUGCUGCUGGGAGAUGUACACCGUACGACAACAUUAGAUUUGGCAGGCAUCGAAGGCGCCUGGUAUACAGGUACAGCUGGGAGUGGCCUAGGCGGGAGUGGCGGCAGCGACAGCUCGGCCUCUGAGUCUGAUGACAUCAGCAGUAGGGCCACCAUGCAAGUGGUGCAUGUGUACGACAUGACACUGACGAACCUGCCGUACACAUUACGACCAAGCGGCGGUGCGAGCUCCGUGUUGUCCGUGAGCUUGCAGAGUUUUGUCAUAGACAGGAAAGCAGCAAACUUAGGGUGGCAACGGUCGCAGCUAAUCCUUACGCGCAGUGCCCUGGUCGUACCGGAUCAGGAGAUUGCCUUUCUGGAGCGGUUGGCCCGGAGCAGCAACGGAUCUUCUCCAGCAGAUGCAGCCGGUCGGGUGACGCCCGCUGCUUUGGGCAUGCAGCUUGCGGUCGACAUGUCACCAGAAGGUACUGCGGUUGAAGGGCAGCUGCAAGUGACUCAGCUGCUCAUCGAGUCCCAGGUUUCCCUGGUCAACUGCACCCUGCUGUCCGCCAGCCGUUACUCGGCACUCCCGGGCGCCCGGCCGCUGCUCCCUCAGUCGUUGGUGUGGCCACCAGAGGUGCUGCAUGGGGAUGCGGAGACGGCGGCGCAGUGGGGUCCGCUGGGGCUCGCCUUUGCUGCGGGCAUGCAGGACGCUUUGUCCAACCUCAACUCAACAUGCGGACCGUUGCCGCGCAAGUCCCCGGUCACGACAGUUACCCAGCCCAACGACCAGAGCAUCCCUUCGCUGGCCUCCUCCAGCGUCAGCGCCAUUACCAUUACAAGCGGUGGACCUCUGGCCCCCGCUAGCGAGUGUGUCGUGGCUGGGUAUCCGCAGCAACUGGGAGGCGGCCGCACGUUUGUAAACCUCCAGGGCGCCACUGGCCGCGUGGACGUCCAACGGCCUAUCACGCUCCGGAACCUGGUGUUGUACAACCUAGCCCCUGGAGGCAGCAGCGGCCAGCAGCUGGAGCCCUCCGAUGCGGCCUGGACCAACAGCUCGCUGCCCUUGUGGUUCUUCCAGAUGGCUAGGGACCAGCAGUCACAGCCAGCCCUACUGGUGCUUGAUAACGUGACGCUCGUGGUUCCGGAGCUUGAGUGGCGAGCACUGGUGGGCGCCGUACUGCUGGAAAAGCCGUCGGCGGCUGCCUCCAAUGCACCCAGUGGGCUGAGACGGCGCCAAGCACAGGAAUUUAACAAAGCGAAGCGGCAGGGUCGCAAGCUGCACAUUCUUGGUGGGGUUACAUGGCGCAGCUAUCCCCCGCCGCCUUCUCCACCUUCACCGACAUUGAACACACAUUCGCCUCCCUCCAGGCCGGCCCCAAGGCCUCCGCCUCGCCUGCCGCCCCUUCAGCCGCUGCCAAAGCCUUCACCUCCCCAACAGCCGUCGCCACCGCCGUCGCCCUCUCCACCGGCGGUCCCCUGGCCCCCAUCACCACCUUCAGCACCGCUACCACCACCGAAACAUUUUCCGCCCCCUUCGCCGAAUUAUUCGGACACCACACGCUCAGCGCUGCUCAUCUUUGGUGCGGAGUCUGAGGUGUUGUCCUACGACUACAGUGCUGGGGUGCUGGUCCUGGCAACCGCACAGCACUACGGAUGGGUUGGGACCAAUAUUACCAUUACUUUCAAGAUGCCGCCUGAUGCCCCCAGCAAUGCAAACCUUCUGUCGUACCCGCUGCUCGUCCUGCCGUACCAGGACCUUGCAGACUUUGACGCGACGCUCAUGCCGCCCAUAGAACCGCCAAUGGGACCUCCCAUAGAACCACCCCACGUAAUCGGCGGAGGCAUUACCACUGUGGCUUUCAGAUCAUCGCCUCCGCCAGCGCUGCCCCGGCAGCCCCUUGCACCCGCUUCUGGACUGUCUGCAUCCCCUUCUCCCGUCGCUGCUCGGUCACCUCCCACCGGCACCGACCAGAGUCCCCGACCGUCAUGGGUGGUCCCGCUUGCCAGUGCGCUAGCUGCUUUCGCCGCUGCACUGCUGCUACUUCUGGCGGCCGUGGGCAUCCUUGUCGGUAAGGCUACGCGGCAACGACGCGCUGCUGCCACCAGCAGCAGCAGCCUCGGAGAUACGGCAGCGGUAAUCGCUACGGUUAAGGUAGUUACUGCCGGCAACUUCAGCAGCGGCUGGCCUUCUGUUACUUGUGUUCCCAGCGGUGAUGACACAACGUCGGUGUCUCUAGCCGCCACCACCAUUACGACCUCAGUCGGUUUCCUUAAGAGCGGGAAGCGCUGCAACAGCAGCAGUGACUGCAGCAACAGAACGUCAGGGGUUGAAAGCGGUCAUCAAAGAAGCAACCUGGCGAGCACUGAGGGGCAGGAUACUGAAACAGUAGACGCUCUGCAUGAUAAUGCGACGCACGGGGGGAGGCCCUGCAGGGACAGUCGUGCAGCGACAGCAGCUGCAGCAGCAGACAGACCCACGGGUCAACUUCAUGCCUUGACGCCAGAUGGCGGUUUGCACUCUGUGGAGGCCAAGGGCCCUACAUGCACCACCACGACUGAAUCAACCACCGAGGGUCCUUGUACGGAGGAAUUCAACCUUGCUGCUCGUGAGGCAAAUCGUCGGGCUCUGGCCCAAGUGCUCAAGGCCACAAUUCCAAGCCAGUGCCGCCCAACCGAGCAGGCCGACAAGCAGCAACGGCAGCAGCAGCACGAUGCAUAUGCAUGGAGCGCUUCCAUUACAGGCGAGGCUUUCGUUUGUAAAAUUUUGGCGUACUACAGUGGCCUCCGCCAGAGUACGGAAUCGAACAUGCAACAGCUCCAGGAGGACUCUACCGGGCUGUUUGAAAACACCCUAGACCAUACUGGCGCCAUCCUAGUUCGUAAAGACCGGUCCGUGAGUGGAGCUAGCAUGCAUAAGGCAAUCAAUGCGGUGAAGGCCGAGUUGCGGGAUCCGGAGCUUCAGGUGCACUCCCUUCUGGACCAGGGCGCUUACGGCUUAGUGUACGGCGGCGUGUGGCGGGGCUUGCAGGUGGCAAUCAAGAUGAUGGUGGUGUCUGACGGAACCAUGGGUCAGGAGGGCCUUACGAGGCACGGGGCUGCAUUGGAAGCGGCCAUUUCCAUGAGCCUGGCGCACCCUAACGUCGUGGCCACCUACACCUAUGAGGUCAAGGCCUUAGUGCAUGAGCCGGCAGUACUUACUUUAGCGGGUUCCUCGCACGGCAUUACUGCUUCCGAGCCGCCGAUGCUUCCCAGGGAAGCCGCAACGGACACCUUCAAGCUGUAUAUCGUGCAAGAACUUUGCAAUGCCGGCAACCUCCGUCGAGCACUAGAGCACGGCAUGGCGGGCAGUGUGCGUGCCGGAGGGCUGCUUCGGGUACUCUCGCUGCGCAUCGCUCUGGACGUGGCCCUGGGCAUGCGGCACAUCCACAGCUGCCGCAUCGUUCAUGGAGACCUGAAGCCAGAAAACGUGCUCCUUGUGAACGGGCCACGAGCUGUGCCUGACGAGGAGGAGGCGGCACAGGAGGAAGCCGCAGCAGCCAAGCCCUGGGGGGUACGGCAGCCGCAGCAGCUGUGUCAAGCUGUGGCAGCGGCUGCAGUGGCGGGUGUGGGGGACUUCGCAGCCGCUGAUGAGGAGCCGGUCGACAUGGUCUCAGCUGUGCAGCUGCAGUUGACGGCCAAGGUUGCGGACUUCGGCCUGAGCCUGCCGCUGCCCGAGGGAGCCACUCACGCAUCGCAGCGCUUCCAGGGAACUCCCGCGUAUCUGGCACCGGAGGUUGCAACUGGCGGCCAGUUGUCUCCUCGUGCGGAUGUUUGGUCGUUCGGGUUGAUGAUGCUGGAGCUCUAUUACGGCUGCACGCUGGCGGACAUAAGCACACUGAGGCCAGUGGCAGGAGGAACGGAGGUUUCCGAAAUCGAGCAGGGCGGGGCGGGACGUAAUGGGCUAGAGGCAGCGCCCGGCUUUUACCCAACGCUUCUGAAGGACUUGCUUACCUCGGCAAACCCAUCCUAUGCGGAACUUGCGGCUUCGUGCCUUGACGAGGAUUAUCACAGUCGCCCUGGUUUCAAAGAGAUUGUCAUUAAGCUACAGCGAUUAUUGGACGACAGCGAGCGUUGCAAAAAAAACCGGUGAUGAGAUGCUGUUCUGAUACAGUGAUGCUAAGAGCAUGUAUAAAAAUUAAGAGCGCGUGUGUAUACCCAUGCUGCUUAUGUCUAUGCGCCUGUGCGUCAGCCCUGUAGCGACCGCUUGUUCUUACUUAUGUUGGUGCGUUACUGCCAUGCCAGGCCGUGCUGGUAUAUUUUUUCAAAAAAGCUUUUCGUAGUCCUGGAGCGAUGGAAGAUGUCGGCUUUAAUUCACUGGACGCAAUGUUAUAUUUCGGAGCUGCUCGCCUGGCAUUACAUCCAACAAGCGGCCUCGCUUCCAUGAGGUUCAUGUGCGCCUAGUGCCGCGUGCAUGGCAGUGUAUGCGUGCUAUUAACACCAAGCGUAAGGUGGCGGAGCACAUUGUUUACAAUAUCAGCUUAUGGCUUAGAAGUGGAAGAGCGAGCAGUGUGGUGGACUUAUAGGCUUUUGGAAACCUGUAUGAAUCGUAACACUGAUAUAUAUAGGUGUGUCCGGUCAUGCGCCGGGGAUGUCCGCAAUGAGUAAAAGUUGUUGCUGUUUACACAGUGGGUCGGUGCUUUCCCUGAGCAGGGGAGUAAUAUCCAAAGAACACUAAUGACAAAAGCAACGCAGCUGGAGCGGCAUGUGUGGCACAGAUGCACAGGAAUGUCGGCUUGGUUACGUUACCUUGUUUUCCAUCUUCCUUGGAUGACUAUUGUGAGGUGGAGGAAGGAAUGAAUAAGAUGAGAUGAAGCUGGGUGGUCCUGUCAAUUGGGAGGCCCGGUCACCAGCAUCUAAGAUGUACGGUGUGUGUUGGCAUGCGAAGGGGGCUGGUAAUGGACUAGCCGACAGUACGGCUGGAUGCGCCUGGAUGGCCGUUGCGCCUUGCCCAGUAUGCGUUUAUGCCCCAUGCUAAGCCUUGACAAGUGUUUUGGGUGCAAGUACGGUAAGGGAACCGGGUGGUAACAUUUUUUGCUAUUGUGUGCAGAAUUUUCCUUGCAAGGUAUUUUGUGGAAAUGGCUGACGGGCGACGGUUGGUUUUAACGACACACAACGUAUGGUGGCGAUGGAACGGACCACUGGGACCGGACGGCUAAUUCGUCACCUGGCUCUCUUGCUACUGAGUAUGUACGGUUCUGAUAUGUUUGUCUACUGGUGGGUAGUCAGGUCGGCCUGAGUUUCUGGUAGCCGCCUGCAAAGUGUUUAACGUGCAAUAUCGUCCUUGAUGACCCCUUAGGUUUACUGGACAGAAGCAACUUGCCUAGCAACGCGGAGGUUGCACCUCUAUUAGUGCUGGCACCGCUGGCGUCCUCUCGUUUUCCUCAUGUUCGCUCUUGUGCUGCUCUAAUUGACAAUAAGUUGCGGCAGCGGUUGCAAAGUUGCUUGCUGGCGUGGUUGCUUGCUGGCGUGUUUUGCAAGCCCCCAUGCUCGUCCCUGAGCAUGGGGUGCCUGUUUAGGAUGGUGCACCAUUCGUCCCCCCAAUCCUACCUAGCAGAUGUGCGAUGCAUCGUCGUCACCGUCAGCAACGUUGUAUCCUUUUGUCAGGGGAGUGGGGUUGACAGCCGCUGUUCGUUCACUAGCCUUUAGUUAGGAAUUCGGCAUUUUUGGACGUACGUACGUCCAAGGCGGAGUACCAAAUGCAUUUCCUUCGUACUGCCUCCAAGUACCGGAUGUUUAGUCGUCGGCUUCUCGGGUGAAGAUGGCCGAUUUUCUUAUGUGUACUAUUAUGAGCUCAGGCAGGUUGUUCGCGAGCAUUUGAUGCGGUUGCCUGCCCUUUGAAUAUUCGUUGUAUGGCGUCGCUAAUCGAGCCCCUGCUUCCGUUGUUUGAGUCUUUCCUCGGUUAAUUGCGCUUUAACCAGCCAAAUUUUUUUCUGCUUGCGGAUUUGUUCUGUCGUGUGACAUUGACCUCCGGCUUACGUAAAGAGCGAGAAAGAGCGUGUUGGGAAGCAGGCAGCCAGGCGACAGCAUACCAAAGCUCCAAAGAUUCUGGUACGACAGUCCUGCCGUACAGGUAGUCUGCCUUUCAGCCGACUAGGGAGGGCCCGGCAGGCGAAUAGGCGAAUUCGUGUAAGCCCAGAUCGCUAA